AUGAAUCCACUCAAAUGUGCAUUUGGAGUUACUUCUGGAAAGUUUCUUGGCUUCAUUGUACGCCACUGUGGAAUUGAAGUUAAUCCUACAACGAUUGAUUCUAUUCAGAAAAUGCCUGCUCCAAAAAUUUUGAGAGAGCUUCAUAGUUUACAAGGAAAUUUGAAGGCUGUAAAAGGGCAAGCACUCACCAACUUUCUUGCUGAUCACCCUUUUCUAGUAGACUGGGAGGUUUUAGAUGAGUUCUCAGAUAAAGAUGCAUUAUACAUUGAGGAACUAUCAACAUGGACGAUGUUUUUUGAUGGGAUUGCAUGUCGAGAUGGUAUGGGGGCAGGAGUUGUGCUUAUAUCCCCAAAAAGAUUGAUCUUUCAAUUUUCAUUUACUCUAGGUGAAACAUGCUCCAAUAAUAUCUCAGAAUAUCAAGCUCUGAUUAUUGGUCUUGAAAUGGCAUCGGACAUGAAGAUCACGCAAUUGGAUAUUUAUGGUGACUCUGAGCUAAUCAUCAAUCAACUCUUGGGGAGUUAUGAGGUAAAGAAAGAAGAUUUUUUUUCAUAUCAUCAAUAUGCUGUCUGUUUGCUUCAAAGAUUCGAUCAUGUGUUCUUAAACCAUGUUCCAAGAGAAGAAAGUCACAUGGCUGAUGCUUUGGCUAAAUUGGCUACAAUAUGGCAUUGGGAGAGAAAGAAUUAA